GGAGCAGCGAGACCGGGCGCUAGGACACAGGAAGCGAGGCCCCAAACCGAAGCGGUAUCUGUUGCAGCGGAUUUAUGGGAUGGAUUUGCGGAGUGCGGCCAAGCUGAAGGAAAAGGGGAAACUGCACCUGUCCCUGUCCAGACAGUUUGACGGGACUUCAGUGUCGAGCCUGGGCCAGCGGGAACAUGGGGAAAACGGGAAACGGAUCCAGUUUUCCCUCAGCCGGAAGCACAAGUUUUUCAAGCUGGCCAAGCCUGGCUGUGCUCAAGAGCCCAGUGAGAUCGCAGAGAGGCACAGGGCUAGUGAGUGCUCCGAGGAUGAUACUGGCAGGGAGCUGAGUGAAAAAUUCGCGGAUUCAGAAUUCGAGGAUGAGUUGCAGAGUGAGAGCUGUCCUGAGGCGACCGAAGGCUCCGCCUCUCCCGUCCAGACAACCGGCUCGAUUCCCACCGGCUGGCAUCCUUCCGUUCCCCUCGGCAACAUCACGGUAACCGAUGUCACGGCAAACUCCCUGACAGUGACCUUUCGGGAAGGCCAGGCCGCUGAGGGAUUCUUUAGGGACCGGAGUCUGAGCUGCUGAAAACAAACAGAUUUACAUCCGUCCUGUCAAACAUUUUGUUCAUUUUUCCUAAAAGAGAAACAAGGUUCCAUAUUUAUAAA